CAUCUUGAAUUGGGGAGUCGGUGAACUUCGUUUUUAAGACCAAUCGUGGAUUCAACUUUUGGCAUAAAGAUUUUUAACGGGUUGCAGUAAUUGCAAAUUGAACCACGAUUCGAACAUAAAACUGCAGAGGGUGGAGUUGAUGAUCAACGAGGCCACCGUGGCCUGCAGUUGUUGACAUCUCUUCGUCGCUGCUACCAACACCAUUGGCGUCGCUUUAUCUUCUCCGUCGACUGUCGGUAACUCUUGCGUCGUCACCGGUGCUCUCCUCUUUGCCCCCUCAUUCGCACUCUUCCCCACUCACUCUCUUCCCUGCGCAGAUCGCAGCUCGCAGUCACAGCUCCUCCGCUGCAGAUCUCUUCUUGCUCUUACGUACUAACAAGAAAGUAAAGAUGAAGGUGAUCGAGAAGAUCAGGGAAGCUGCAAAGGAGGACAGAGUAAUCUUCUCCUUCGAGUACUUCCCACCCAAAACUGAGGAUGGUGUGGACAAUCUGUUUGAGAGGAUGGAGAGGAUGGUGGCCCACAAUCCGGCCUUCGGAGAUAUCACCUGGGGAGCUGGCGGAUCCACGGCCGACCUGACUCUCGACAUCUCUAACAGGAUGCAAAACAUGAUCUGCGUGGAGACCAUGAUGCAUUUGACUUGCACGAAUAUGCCGGUUGAUAAGAUCGAUCAUGCCCUUGACACUAUCAAAUCUAACGGCAUCCAGAAUGUGUUGGCCCUCCGUGGUGAUCCUCCUCAUGGACAGGAUAAGUUUGUGCAAGUAGAAGGUGGCUUUGCUUGCGCACUCGAUCUGGUGAGGCAUAUACGUGCCAAAUAUGGCGAUUACUUUGGCAUAACUGUUGCUGGUUACCCAGAGGCUCAUCCUGACAUGAUAACGGGUGAUGGCGGAGUUUCCGAAGAAGGCUAUCAAAGUGAUCUUGCCUAUUUAAAGAGGAAGGUUGAUGCAGGCAGUGAUCUAAUUAUUACCCAGCUAUUUUAUGACACAGACAUUUUCCUGAAGUUUGUGAAUGACUGUCGGGAAAUUGGGAUAACUUGUCCAAUCGUACCGGGUAUAAUGCCUAUAAAUAAUUACAAGGGUUUUUUGCGCAUGACUGGGUUUUGCAAAACUAAGAUACCAGAUGAAAUAAAGGCUGCCUUGGAGCCAAUUAAAGACAAUGAAGAAGCAGUGAGGGCAUAUGGUGUACACCUUGGAACUGAAAUGUGCCGGAAAAUUUUGGCUCAUGGUAUCAAAACACUCCAUUUGUACACUCUAAAUAUGGAGAAAUCAGCACUAGCCAUAUUGAUGAAUCUGGGAUUAAUUGAUGAAACAAAGGUUCAGAGGUCUUUACCAUGGAGACGUCCAACAAAUGCAUUUCGCUCAAAAGAAAGUGUUCGGCCUAUAUUUUGGGCAAAUCGUCCAAAGAGCUAUAUAUCUAGAACUGUGGGAUGGGAUCAAUAUCCACAGGGGAGAUGGGGUGAUUCCCGUAAUCCUUCUUAUGGAGCAUUGUCAGAUUAUCAGUUUAUGCGCCGUCGUUCUCGUAACAAGAAAAUCCAGGAGGAAUGGGGUGGUCCAUUAAAAUCCAUUGAAGAUGUACAUGAGAGAUUCAUAAACUUUUGCCUUGGAAAAAUUAGAAGCAAUCCUUGGUCAGAGCUGGAUGGGCUUCAGCCAGAGACAAUGAUGAUAAACAAAGAGCUGGAAAGUGUUAACUCGAAGGGUUUCCUUACAAUUAACAGCCAACCGCCAGUCAAUGGGGAAAAAUCUGACUCUCCUUCUGUUGGAUGGGGUGGACCUGGUGGAUAUGUAUAUCAGAAGGCCUACCUAGAAUUCUUCUGCUCUCCAGACAAGUUAAAUGUACUUGUCGAGAAAUGCAAAGAACUACCCUCUGUUACUUACAUGGCAGUAAACAAGGAAGGCAAAAGCAUUUCAAACGUAGAACCAAAUGAUGUAAAUGCAGUGACUUGGGGCGUCUUCCCAGCAAAAGAAAUUAUCCAGCCUACUGUUGUAGAUCCCGUCAGUUUCAUGGUUUGGAAGGAUGAGGCCUUUGACAUUUGGACCAACGGGUGGGCUUGCCUAUUCCAAGAAGGUGAUGUCUCGAGGCAAAUACUAGAGGAGGUACAAAAGAGUUAUUUCUUGGUCAGCCUGGUGGACAAUGAUUAUGUGAAGGGAAAUAUCUAUGCGGCUUUUAAGGACAUCUGAUGAUGAAUGUUGAGGAUAAAUCGAAGAAUUAUCUGUUCCAACUGUCCCGUCAAAUUAUUGCUUGAGCCAAUUUCCAGUUCAGUAUUGUCUGCUUGGGAGAUUUUGACUAUUUCGAUAAUGAAAUUGUUGUAGCAACUUGAAACUAUCUAAUAAAAGUUUAUUUGAGUACCGCUAAA